ACCUGGCAUUCAUCAGCAGUUAGAACUAGGACGGUAGUGAGGAUGGACGGAGACAAAGACGUUGGCAUCGCCUAUUUCUUGUGGCUGAUUGGCGGUGCAUUUGGGCUGCACCAUUUGUACUUGGGCCGGGACCGGCAAGCCUUCGUAUGGUGGGCGACUUGGGGUGGGUUUUUUGGCAUCGGCUGGCUCAGAGACAUUUUCAACAUCCCGUACUAUGUGAGUCUAGCCAACCAGUCGUACGAUACGGUAGAACUUGCUAAGAAUGAGGAGAGAUUUAGAGUGCGUCCCCAGUGGAGUACGGCUCGAUUCUGUGGCGAGAUAAUGUUUGGAUUCAGACUAGGGUACGUUCUGCAGUACGCCAUACCUGUCGAGCUGUUAUACGGCAACUCCGUCCUCAGUGAUAUACUGCUGCUGAUAGGACCCUUCGGCACGGCCAUAGGAGUUCAUGUUGUGGCAAACAUAGGGAGGGAGCAGUGCUCCUGGCAUUACCCGGUAUUAGGUGCAUAUAUUGCAGCGCCCUUGAUCUACCUCAGUCCGACCAACCUGCUUUUCUGCGGCAUCACAUCCGCUGUGGCUGCUUCAGGGAUAGGCUCGAGAUGGCGUCCAAUCGGUCAGUUAGGUGUUCGUCGAAAGAAGCACGUUUGUAAACGACUACCAUACUUGACAGUCUGUGGCCUGGCCUACCUGUCGCUGUGGGGAUCUAUGAUUUACUUUAACGCCACAAUGGGGUGGUGGGGAGGUGGGGUGGAGGUGGUUCACACAAAAAACAUUUUCUUUGUAUCAAACGUGUUUUUUCUCCAACAACAGCCUUACGUCAUAUUUGAACAACUAUAUUAUGUUGGUGUAACACAUUUCUAUAUUGAAUGAAACAACAUAAGUUGUGUUUUUGUGUGAGGUACAGACACCUCUGCUUACACGAAUGUCUAUCAAGUUUCACUUUUAAUAUAUGUAGGCCACACAGUUUUUAGUAUUUUUCAGCUGUCACGUGUUAAUUUUUAUUGAUGGUUUUGUAGUGAUGUCAUAGCCGUGGUCACGUGGCUAAAAUGCUGGGGGUGAAAACAAAGUGAGUUAAUCUCAGAAGAGAAUUGAAGAAGGUUUUAGUAUAAAAAAUGAAAAUGAAAAGUGCUGGAGAAUUAAUCUGAAUGUAUAUAGCCAUCGGUUAUCUUAGUUUCAUUGCCCACUUUAAAAUUUAAAAAUCCGGCAGCAAAAAUCAGCCUGUCUCCCGUGCUGUUUAUCACAUUCUGCUUCUUGAGAAGAAACUAUGAAUUGGUCUGAAAAGGGGUUUGAAAGCGUCUGGAGUUCAGGUAUCUGUGGACACUUACCUAUAUUUUGCUUAGAUAUAGCUCUUCCACAUGCCUUUGUACGAAAACAACAUUUUAGCAUCUCUAAUAUCUUUAACGUGUCAUUGUGCGGGAAAUAGCAUUUCGAUACAAUACAAAUAUAAAAAUGUUGACGGUAUUUGGUUAAAAAAAAUUUUAAUCCAAAUUUUGUGUUGAAACCCUGUUUUACAACCACUAAUUCAGAAAAGCCUCAAGAGUUGUCUCCACCUGUUACAGUGCUGGGGCCACUAUCACAAGACUUUGUCAUAUUUGAGAUUAAGAUAGACGUCUGCCUUAAUCUCAGGUCAUAUUUCUCGUAACUUUGUUGCGUAAAAGACGCUGUCUAGGUUAAAGUGCCAUAAGUUGACAUCAUUUACGAGAAAAGCUACGAAAAAUUAAGUAACAAAGUUUUGUGAAAGUGGACCCAGAUGCUUCAUAAUUUCAAAUUUGAAUGAUACGAUCUUGUAUAUAAAUGGUCAGGACCCAGGGUUAAAAUGAGCUUAGCCAAUGAAAUAGACGUUCUACUUAAUGUAGUCCAUUAGUGAUAGAUAAGAAAAUAGUCGUUGUUCUGUGCAUCAUCACAAAAGGGAGCGUCAAAGAAAUCCUCCUACAGGCUUAAGGGCAUGAUUCAUAUUCUUAACAAAAAAAUGAAGAUGGCAACUAACACGGCGCAGCCCUACUUAAAAAAAAAACCUUUUGUUAAAUCUUUCCCCUGGAUCAUGAAAAAAUGCGUUAUCUUGGAUCUAACCCGAUUACAGAUUAAUCUGUAAUUGUAAGGAAUAAUUUACCUGUAACGGAUUAAACCGUCAUCGGACAGACAAAUACAGAUAUUAGGCACGGCUUGAUCGGCUUUAGAUGAACGAAAAUGCAGGGAAUAUGAGUUAGGAUUUAACAGAAGAGUUAUUUUAGUGUUGGGAUACCUCUGCCAGCCGCCAGAGGCGGAUAGAUAUAUGUGUAAGAAAUACAUUCCAGCGAAUCGUCUUGGUUUACCAUUGUAAACUUAAUCCGUUUAUAGUGGAUAGACUGCUUACCUGUCAUAGAAACUUUUCCCUCUGUGUUUCAAAUUUCAGUGUUACAUUAUCCCGUAAUUUUCUGUGACAGGGAUCUUACGUAAUAAUGCAGGCAUAAUGCUGUUUGUUAUGUUAAGUGUAUUUUUUUCAUUGCUGUAUAUUUUUUAAUGCUUACCCUGUACAAGAAGUACAUAUAAAAAAGUAAAA